AGACGCAAACGGAAGCGAUAGACGCGACGCGCCACCGGGGCGGCGUGCACGUGACGGCGCAGCCUCUCCCCGUCCAACCAUCUCCGGCCGGUGCCGCCCAAAAAAAUUCGCCCCCACACGAAUCCUAGUAUCCAACGGAGUCAUGGUGGAGGUGGGCAGCGCCGUGCGGGCACAACCCACCUGGGCUCCAGCCGCCGCGCGAGGCAGGAGAUCCCGGGGCCAGGCCUCCGCCGCCCUCGCCAUCGCCUCCGCCCCCGCGGCCCGCUGGGUCCGGUGCCGCGCGAUGGAGCGGCCGCCGACCGUCCGCAUGGUCACCAUCCCCUUCGCCGACCUCAAGGAGAGGGACAAGGACCUGGGCGACAAGAUCGAGGAAGGCCUCGGGCCCCAGGGGCUCGGCAUCAUCUCCAUUGCCGGUGUGCCUGGUUUCCCCGAGCUGAGGAAAAGCCUGCUGCGCUUGGCACCAAGGAUUGCAAACCUUCCUGAAGAUGUGAAGAAACAACUUGAAGACUCAGACAGCAGGUAUAAUUUUGGGUGGAGUCAUGGGAAGGAGAAACUUGAGUCCGGGAAACUUGACACAUUCAAAGGUUCCUUUUAUGCGAACCCCAUUUUGGAUGUCCCUACUAUGGAUGAUGCGGUUGUAAGUAGGUAUCCAUCAUAUUGCCGACCAAAUAUAUGGCCAACCGACAGUCUUCCUGAACUUGAAAUAGCAUUUAAAGCUCUUGGAAAGCUGAUGAUGGAAGUUGGUUUGAUGUUGGCUCAUCACUGCGAUCGCUAUGUAAUGCAGCAAGGAGUGGGAUCAUAUGAUGGUGACAGUCUUGAGCAGACAAUUGCCCGUUCAAGGUGUCACAAGGGCCGUCUGUUGUACUAUUUUCCGAGACAGUUAAGCAAACAGACAGAAGAAGUUGAGUCUGUUUCAUCAUGGUGUGGAUGGCACACCGAUCAUGGAUCUCUAACAGGGCUCACAUGUGGACUGUUUACAAAAGAUUCUGUGGAGGUACCGUGUCCUGAUAGUGCAGCUGGGCUAUACAUCCGGACUCGUGAUAAUCAAGUCGUUAAGGUUGUGUUUGACGAGGAUCAGCUGGCUUACCAAAUUGGGGAAACUGCUGAAAUACUAUCAAGAGGUUAUCUAUGUGCAACCCCACACUGUGUGCAGGCACCCAGCAGUGAAAAUGCUUCCAAUGUUGACCGCUCUACUUUUGCACUGUUCAUGCAACCAGAUUGGAAUGAGAAGCUGGAGUUUCCAAGCGAAAUCCCCUAUCACCAAGAGUUGAUCCCACCAAAUGAAACACUUACAUUCGGGGAGUACUCAAAAAGGCUAGUGAACAAGUAUUACCAGGCAGCAAUGUGAAGCAUUACCACAAGAAAAGCUCCUGUAUACACAUUCGUACCAUCAAAUGGGUUCUAGCUUUGGUGCAAACUCUUCUAAAAAAAAACUUUGGUGCAAACUCUCUGUACAGGUAUAGCCAAUUAGCGAAUACCAGAGCUGCAGACGCAAACUCGAAUGACUCGCAGCUCACAAUAGUGUACUAGCAGUUAUUAAACUCCCUCGUGUUGUUCUUAUUUUUUUAUUGGGACUCCCUCGCGUGUUCUGAUGUAAUUAAUGGUGAAAUUGCUAGAUGAAUAAACGAAAGUGUACAA